CUGAUCCUUCACGAUGCCGCUGGGGUUGAAACCAUGCUGUGCGGUUUGCAAGACGAACUCCUCCUCGAUGUGGAAGAAAGGAAACCAGGGAGAGAUCCUCUGCAACAACUGCACCGGAAAGAGCUGCGGCGGCGCAUCAGGACCCUCCAUCACUCAGCCCAGCAAUGGCGGGGGGAAGUCCAAGCAGGAGAUCCACCGGAGGUCUGCACGGCUGAGAAGCACCAAGUACAAAGCGCCUGCGUCUGAGAAGAAGGUGUCAACAAAAGGAAAGGGGAGAAGACACAUAUUCAAACUUAAAAAUCCGAUCAAAGCACCAGAAUCUGUUACUACAAUCAUCACAGCAGAAUCUGUAUUUUAUAAGGGUGUAUACUACCAGACAGGAGAUGUGAUCAAGGUAACGGAUGAGGAAGAUGGGAAGCCGUACUAUGCUCAGAUUCGAGGAUUCGUGCAGGACCAGUACUGUGAAAAGAGUGCUGCACUGACCUGGUUAAUCCCCACACAGGCCAGCCCAAAUGACCUGUUUGAUCCUGGGACAUACAUUGUUGGUCCAGAAGAGGAUCUGCCGAGAAAGAUGGAGUACCUGGAGUUUGUGUGUCACGCCCCCUCUGAAUAUUUCAAGUCACGGAGCUCUCCGUUCCCCACCAUCCCCAUCCGACCAGAAAAAGGUUACAUCUGGACCCACAUAGGACCGACACCAGCCCUCACUGUCAAAGAGUCUGUCAGUGGCAGCAGUUAACACAGCUGUGAUAUGGACCUCCGUCUGUUGCUUUUAAACGGACGCAUGUACAUUUAUGUAAUAUAAUGAAAACCCAAAAAUGGUUCGCCACAGCCAUGCCUUCACAAGCCAGUUGUAAGUGCAAUCAAGCUGUUUACAUAUUACUUUUUUCUGUAGUUAUAAACAAGAAAGCUCUUAUCCAUCAUCACUAUGUCUGUGAUUGUGUCAUACAAUGGUUUUUAUUCAUUGAUUGUGUUGCUGUGGUGGCAAUAGACUUUUACCUCUUGUGAAUUAAACUUUAAAUAUAACUUAA